UUUCAUCUUUCAUCAACACUGUUAUAGAAGUGAGGUUACAUCGAGCAUUUAUCAAAUGCCAUAACAGUAAAUUGUUGAUUAGUUUUGAAAAAAAUGGCUUUGCGUUUAACUCUCCGAAAUAUUCGUGUUGGCCAGAAUCUAAAUGGCACAUUCUUCAAAGGCAGCCAUCGGCAUUUAACGAACAAUCCCCCUGAGGCUCCCACAGAUCAGAAGAGUGGAUCUUAUGCAGCAGCCUAUAAAAAGUUCGAAGAUAUCAAUAAACCUUCAGUAAAAGCGCCGGAAACUUUCGCCAGUCUGUUGAAAAACUCCAAGUUUAUAGACUUAGGUGAUCCUGAAGGAAAAGUAGUCACAGGCAAAAUAUUUCACACAGUGGACGACGAUCUUUAUAUAGAUUUCGGCUGGAAGUUUCACUGCGUUUGUUCCAGACCAAGAAAUAAUGGCAGUAGCUACAUUCGAGGGGCUAAAGUGAGAUUGCGAAUCAAGGAUCUGGAAUUGUCCACCAAGUUUCUGGGCUCUGACAAAGAUCUUACUUUACUAGAGGCAGACUGCCAAUUACUGGGUUUAGUGCGGGAUAGAAAGUAAAUGCACAUAUCUUGUACACAUCAAUCAAGUCGGAAGCGAUCCAUUGCAAACGCCCCUUCAAGUUUUCCCAUUCGAAAUAAUCGACAUUUUUGGACCAUUUCAAGCUAUUUUUGAUCACCAUAUUUAACCGACAAUAACUUCCUUACUGUAAACCAAAAAAAAUGCAUACUGGAACUUACAAAUUCGCGCCCUUAAGAUGAAAUAGACGAAGAACGCUCAAAACCCUCUUAGAAUUAACUGAAUAACAUAAAGACAUAAAAAUCCAACUUUCUCUAAUCAGGUGAUUAAACUGUAUAAUUGCACUUGAGUUAAAUAAAACACUUUACAAAUUGA